AUGAGCGAGGCUCAACCAAUUCGCGUAGUUUCUGUUGGAGAUGGUGCCGUAGGUAAGACUUGCCUUCUUCUUGUUUUCAAGGGUGAUCCAUUCCCAGAAGAUUAUGAGCCAACUAUUUUCGAAUCACAUCAUGAAAUGCGUAUGUUUAAGGGCAAACAAUACUGCCUCCAUCUUUGGGAUACUGCAGGACAGGAAGAAUUCGAUAGACUUCGUCCGAUGUCCUAUUCUAAAUGCGAUGUUGUCCUUGUUUGUUUCGCCCUCGAUAAUAGAGAAAGCUUAAAGAACGUAAACGAAAAGUGGUAUCAGGAAAUUCUUCAAUUCCGUCCAAAGGCUGCAGUUAUUCUUGUCGGAACAAAGGCCGACCUUUGGGAUCCAAAGGCCCCAGAUGCUAUUACCCAAGCAGAAAUUGACAAGGUUGCCACACAGAUUAAGGCUUAUAAGUCAAUCAACUGCUCUGCCAGACUCAAUCAGAACGUUGGCGGUGUUUACGAUCUUGCCAUUGAAGCUGUCUUAGCUAAGAGCCAGGGAGGCUGCAAUAUUGCUUAA